ACAAGCACCAGUGCACAUCAUAGCACUCAGAAUCCUGCUACUGAGAGGCAAAAGCACGAGCACACGAUGGCAUUGAAGUCUGCUGCAGUUCUCCUCAUAGCCGCCACACUGUGGUGCUUUUCAGAAGGGAACAAUGAUGGCGCUAUUGACUGCUGCUUGUCGACCAGCAAUGCCCCUAUACCUUACAAAAUAGUGAAAUCAUACAGAGACCAGAGUGUUGAAGAGGGAUGCACUAUCCCAGCCACUGUGUUCAUCACCAGUAACCAAAUGGCUUUGUGUGCACCUCCAACAGCCAAAUGGGUGAAAAAACUAAAAUCCAAACUCGACAGAAAAUCCAAGAAAAGACCCAAGAAACCAUCCAAGAAAGGAAGCAGGAAGAGCCAGUGAAAAGAUGUUACAGCUGAGUACAACUUUCAAGACCUCUGAGAGAAAAUAAUAAUUACAAAAAGACUCCUGCAAUGAACCCAGGCAACAGAGUACAAACACAAGAACCCAGAAACUCAUCUUCAUCACUGCAAACCACAGGACCUCAGAGCUCUUCAUUACAAUAACCCAGAAACUCAUCUUCAUCACUGCAAACCACAGGACCUCAGAGCUCUUCAUUACAAGAACCCAGAAACACAUCUUCAUCACUGCAAACCACAGGACCUCAGAGCUCUUCAUUACAAGAACCCAGAAACUCAUCUUCAUCACUGCAAACCACAGGACCUCAGAGCUCUUCAUUACAAGAACCCAGAAACUCAUCUUCAUCACUGCAAACCACAGGACCUCAGAGCUCUUCAUUACAAGAACCCAGAAACUCAUCUUCAUCACUGCAAACCACAGGACCUCAGAGCUCUUCAUUACAAGAACUCAUAUACUCAGAGAUCCUGCUUUUUGUAAAUCCUAUAUAUAAUAAGUUAGAAAAGUCAGUCCAUUCUCACUGUUCACUUUCAAUCAAUUUCAAUAAAUGACUAUUACAUUACCUAACCCUAACCCUAAUCAAUAUGAACAGUUCCUCUCUCUUACUUUGUGAUUCUGUUAACUGUUGACAAGUUAAAACACAAUAUUGGUUUAUGACAUGUUUUGUUUUGGGUUUUUUUUGCUGAAAGUUCUUUGUAAUGUCAAAUUUAAAUUAAUUCAGAUUAUGAUUAUGUGCACCUUAAUUCAGGACACUGUACACUUGCAACUGGUUUCAUAGCAUUAGCAUUGAUCUGUGAAACCAGUCACUGGGUCCAAACCUAGAUUUUUUUUCACAAACCUAGAUAAUUUUCAGAGUUUAAAAAGUCUUUAAUUGAGUUAUAUAAGCUGAACCCACCCAAAUAUCCUGAAGCUACUUGGGAUUUCUGGAAUUGUUCAAUGUUUUGGGUUGGUUGUUUUUUGUAUUUUAUUUUGAAGUUAAUGAACUUUGUAUUAUUUUGCAUAUAUGUUUUUGUUUAUCUGUAAAUAAUUUAAUGUCGAAAAUCUUGCUAAUUAAAAUAUCUAAAUAUAUAAAUAUAUUGUAUAUAUAUGGAAAAACUCAAAGGUUGCUUAACUUUCUUGAUGCAUUUUAUCCACAACACUAUUUUUGUAUACUAAUUACACAUGUGAAACUAAACUUAAAUGUGUUUGAAUGAUUAAAGAAGAAGCUGUUCACAAUAAAAGUACAUGUGCAUACA